GAGUGGUUCUCAAAGUGGGGACUAAUGCUCAGGGAGAAGAGAGGCAUUCAUCAAGCUCUGUGGUCGGCGUCCAAACCUUAACGUCUCACCGACGACCGCCGCGCCGCCCCUCCUUAACGCCUUACACACUGUGGCAGUCAGUCGAGGAUUCCGACAAUCAAGACGAUGGAUUGCAUACACUAAUUGACUACACGGCAUGAUAGUUCGUACAUGUAGCUCACAAAUCCACAUCAGGUUAGAGAGAAAUGGAGGAGAUUUCAACUUCAACUUCAGCUUCAGCUUCAGCAUCAGGGUACAAGGAAUAUGUGGCAGGUUUGAUCGCUGGCGUUGCCACUGUUGCCAUUGGCCAUCCAUUUGACACCGUCAAGGUGAAACUGCAAAAGCACAACACAGGACAACAUGUGGUUCGCUAUAGAAGUGGAUUGCAUUGCACCACUAGGAUACUGAAGACUGAAGGCAUCAAAGGACUAUAUAGAGGAGCAACAUCAUCUUUUCUCGGGAUGGCUUUUGAAAGUUCACUUCUUUUUGGCAUAUAUUCCCAGACAAAAUUGGCCCUUCAGGGAGGUGUUCAAAGUGGUGAACCGCAGCCUCAGGUGAUAAUACCAUCUGCAGCUUAUGGUGGUGCCAUCAUCAGUUUUGUGUUAUGUCCGACGGAGCUGGUAAAGUGUAGGAUGCAGAUUCAAGGGACUGACUCUUUGGUUCCGAAGUCCAGUAGAUACAGUAGUCCUCUUGAUUGUGCCCUUAAAACCGUGAAAAGUGAAGGGGUGACAGGAAUUUUUCGUGGAGGCUUUACAACAUUGCUUAGAGAAUCAAUAGGGAAUGCUGUCUUUUUCAGCACAUAUGAAUACGUACGCUAUCACCUGCAUUCACAUGCCAAAGCUGUUCGUUCCAAUUACAAUAACCUGGUUGAUAUUGGAAUUGGGAUUAUUACCGGAGGUCUUGGUGGUGUGUCUUUUUGGUUGGCGGUUCUGCCCCUUGAUGUGGCAAAGACUUUAAUUCAGACAAACCCGGAAAAAAACUGUUCACGAAAUCCUUUUCAGGUGCUGAGUUCGGUUUACAGGAGCGGUGGAUUGAAGGGGUGUUAUACAGGUCUGGGACCUACAGUAACCCGAGCAUUUCCUGCUAAUGCAGCAGCAAUUGUGACCUGGGAGCUAGCAAUGAAAAUGUUAGGCAUUAGGCACGACUGAGAUUCUACAUGGCACAAGUUCCACAAGAGGCUUCAGCUCCAAUAUGCAUUCAUGAAUACGCGCUGGGUGAAGAACAAGUUUAGUUUACCGUACUUUCCUCUGGAAGAUUUACAUUUUUCAAAAUUCUUUUAUUUAGAGUUAGUGACUUGGUUAAAGAAAUUAUCAAGGGGCGUUGUUUGACUUGUUUCUAGCUGCCCUUACCUGUUUUCAUUUCUCCAGUUUUAUGGGAGGAAUGUCUAUAUAAUUGGAACGAAAUUGUAUUUUUCAUUCAUUACAAGAUAAUUGCAUGGCCAUGCAAUGGUGCAAGUAUGCAAGUUAACAUUUUGCAAAUGAAAAGCAGCAUUUACG